AUGAAGCCGAACGCUGCCAGGGCGGAGCAACCGGCAGCGGGAGCAGGGACUGCUCCGGCCGCCGCCGCUCUCCGCAUGAUCAUCAAGAGGAAACGCGGCAGACCGCGCAAGUAUCUGUACUUCGCCGACGAACACGUAGGCGGCGCCACCGACGAGGGGCGCGCGUCGCGGCGCGAUUCCGAGCUAUCGCAGGAGCAACGCACUGUUAGCCCGUCUAGAUCUACAGCUAUCGUGGAAGGAGGUUUCAAUAGAUCCGCGCAGUUCGGUUACCUCUAUAGCAGAGAUAAACACGAGCCAGAAAGAAAAACGCUGAUUCAUCCAUUACGCUUGCAGGGUAUUGACACGAUCUCUGAGUACGAGAAUAAAUCCACUGCUGUUAUGGCCGCGUCUAGAACCGAUCAACGUGCUGAUGGUGACCAGUGGACGUCAAACGUUAAUGGACGUGCGUCCCCCAGUAAGCAGCCGGCGUCGGUCUUCGAUCAGGCUGCGUCGUCUAGCGCUGAAGUGUUGACUAUUGACCAACUCGAAUCGAGUGUCGACGAACAGGUGUCGCGCAUCGAUAACUCUUCAUCUGCCAGCGAAGAAACGCUGUCGGCCAGCGAACGACUCACGUCGUGUACUGACGAACAAAUAGUGACCAUUGAUCGUCGUGCCUUGUCGGACGGCGACAAACAAAACUCCGUUGAAGAACUUUCGUCUGCUGAAGAUGAGCGUGUGUCGACUGUUCGCCAAGUAGAAUCGACGAUCGAUGAAGAAAUGUUAACUAUCGAUCACGAUGCGUCGACGAGUGACGAACGCAUGUUAGAUGAUAAUGUACCCGACGAAUCGUCGUGCAUAUCUGAUAAGCCUCUGACACCUUACCUCAAAUUCAGCACGGAGGUCCUGGAUAGUGUGAAGGAGCAGUACCCACACUACAAGAUGGUCCUUGUUCUCGACCGGAUACGAACGAUGUGGGAGGAGCUUACGCCGGUUCAGAAGCUGGUCUACUACGAAGAGAGUGGCGUGGAGGCGGAGAAGAAUAAAUUGGAUUCGACAAAUGUUCUCGGCGCACCUGCGGGUGCAUUAAAAGAGUACACUGAAGUCGAAGAGAUCGAAUUGGUGAGCCACGCACUGACUGCGAGUGAGGGUCAAUUGGUCGAGCUACACUCGCCCGCGAACGGUCAAGCGCAGGUCUCGACCGUGUCCACGCCGUUAGCCACGGUCCUCGCGCACGCCAGCGUUCCUCCUCAGCCGUGGAUCAUGGGCGUCUCCGCGAUGCAGAAAGUGCUGGUGUUCGACGUAAUCCGCGCCAGCAAUCGAGCGCUAAGCUACAGUGAGAUCGCGAAGAGCACGGGGCAGCUGUGGAGCGAGCUUACGGACGAGGAGAAGAAGCCAUACGUAGACGAGUACGAAGAGGAGAAGAUCAAAUAUGACAACGAAAGGAUGCGGAUGGGAUAUAGAGAGUCAGUAGAUCCAUCCGUUCAGCGGGCUACAAAAACCGUGUGGAGCAGAGAGCACGCAAGACACGCGGUGGUAGCCGUUGGCAGACCACCAAACAGCGGCGUCAAUCAAAAUGGUAGUGAAUCCGGCUGGUUAACAAGUGGUACGGAGAAUCAGAUCAGCUGUUGCGGCGGUUCUAGAACCGAUCACGUGCAGUGGAUGACUCAGUGGACGUCGAAACGUUAA